AUGAAGCUCGAGGCAGAUUUCAUUCAUCGCCUUGCGAAGUUAGAGCUGGUUUCUCUUCACCAUCAAAGAAAACUCCGUCGUCAAUUGGUAAGUGAGUCCGUCAAGGAACUGGUGGUCUUCUGCGAGAAAAACGAGUCUAGAGACGGUCUUGUACGCGACAAUGGACAGAAUCCCUUUGCAAGCAAUUACUCGAAGACGUUUGUCGAUUUGGUCAACUGCUGUGGGAAAUAA